AUUAUAUUGAAUAGUUAAACAAUAAAAAAUGCCACCAAUAAAAAAAAUUAAAAGCAAUGGUGCAUGGACACUGUCAAAUUUCGAUUUUGGACCAUCAAAAAAUUCAACAGAAAUUAUCAAUAAACCAAAAAUGAAAAAAAAAAUAAUUACAGCUGAUGAUGAUGAUGAUCUUGAUGUGGUAUAUUGUAAAAUUCCAAAAAUAAACGAUAAAAAAAUGAAUAAUUUUUCAGCAAUAUUAAAUGCCUGCGAGCCAAAAGAGUCAUCACAUUUAUCAGUUAGUAAACAAAAACAAAAUGAAUUGGCUGAUUGGUUGUGUUUCAAAACAAUUAGAGGUAAACCAAGAAUUCUAGUCCUGUCUGGACCAUCUGGAUGUGGCAAGACAAUUGCAUUAAAAGUAUUAGCUAAAGAAAGUGGCUUUGAUGUUGUUGAAUGGAUUACACCAAUGGACACUGGUGUCAUUGAUGAUUAUUCAUCAACAAGACAUAGUGAUAAAUUUUUUGACUUUCUCAUACGAACAACAAGAUACAAUUCAGUAUUCAAUUGUAAUGACAGACGUCUCAUGCUUGUCAAAGAUAUACCAAAUAUAUAUUUUUUCGAAAAAGAAAACUUUCAUAAUUUACUUGAUCAGUAUAUGAAAAUGGGACGUGAACCAUUAGUUUUUGUUGUUGCUGAUUCAGAAUCAAGUCGUGUACUUUAUAAUUUAUUUCCACAAGAUAUUAUUGAUAAGUAUGAAAUUGAUACAAUAAAUAUACCAUCAACAACACCAACAGCUAUGAAAAAUAUGAUUAAAAGAAUAUCAAGUAUUCUAAAUAAAAAUGCUGGACAUAUGCUUGACAUAAAACAAGAUAAUAUUGAUGAAGUAUUGUCAAAUAGUAUUGGUGAUGUUAGAAGUACAAUUUAUAAUUUAAUAUUUUCAUCAUUAAAAGUAACAAAUGAAAAUUUACAAAAAGAUUGUGGAUCACGUGGUGAAAGUUUAGGUUUACUUCAUGGUAUUGGACGUGUUAUUAAUCCAAAAAAAAUUAAUAAUGGUAAUGAAUGGAAAUUUGCACAUAAUCCAGAUGAUAUUGCUUCAUAUUUUCAAUCACAAUCAUCAAUGUUUUUAUAUUUUUUACAAGAAAAUUAUAUAAAUACAAUAUCAACUAUUGAAGAAGUUGAUAAAUGUGCUGAAAUAAUGAGUUUAUGUGAUACAUUUAAUUCACAAUGGCAAGAUAUUAAUUUAAUUAAAACAAAUUUAUCAAUUUGUAUACGUGGUGUUAUGAUUAAUAAUAAAAAUCCAGUAACUAAAUGGAAUCCAGUUAGAAAACCAAAAUCAGAUGAACUUAAAAUACGUAGAGAUUUAACAAUUGCUGAAGAAAAUUAUUAUAAAAAAAUUAUUAAUCCAAAAUUAGAUAAAAAUACAAUUGAUCCUGAUAAUAUUAUU